AUGAUUACCAGUCUCGCGGUGCUCAUGCUCGUUGACAGCGGUGCCAUCUCGGUCCACGACAAGGUCUCCAAGUACUGGCCUGAAUUCGCUACCAAUGGAAAAGAGGACGUCGAAAUACGCCAUCUCCUAUCGCACACCUCCGGCGUCGCGGGCUGGGACGAUAAGAUAACCAUGGAUGAAGUCUGCGACGUCGGCCCGUCCACAGCCAAGCUGGCCCAACAGGCCCCGUGGUGGAAACCUGGCACGGCGUCAGCAUAUCACGCCUGGAACUUUGGCCACCUCCUCGGCGAGAUAGUACGCCGCGUGACAGGACUGAGUUUGAAACAGUUCGUUGCCGAGAGGAUCGCCGGACCUUUGGGAGCCGAUUUUCAAAUCGGCGUCUUGGAAAAGGACUGGUCACGUAUCUCUAACUUCAUUCCGACGCCUGCAUCGGCGGCCACCGCGGAUAUCAAGCAUGGGCCCCUUUUUCUCAGGGCGAUCGGAAAUCCCAUCCCGUCGCCAGAAAUGGGGAAAAGCCUGGGGUGGAGGAACGGAGAGAUAGGCGCAUCUAACGGGUACGGCAACGCUUAUGCCUUAAACACAAUACUAUCCACCAUCACGUUGGCCGGCUACGAGGAUGUCGAUAAGCGCAAGCACUUGCUGUCUAAGCCAACGGUAGACUUGAUCUUCGAAGAACAAUCCAGCGGUAUAGACCUCGCUAUCGGAGUGCCCAUUCGUUUUGGCAUCGGGUUCGCUCUGAGAGGAGAUGGAGAUUCGUGGGUUGACGAUUGGUUGCCGGCGGGCAGAGUCGCUUACUGGGGUGGAUCGGGUGGCUCGCUCGGUAUCAUGGACAUUGAUCGCCGAGCCACGAUCACGUAUGCCAUGAAUAAGAGGUCAAAUAGCCUAAUAGGAAAUACAGCAUCGAGGGCAUACAUAGGAGCAAUCUAUGAGGCUCUGGGGGUCAACGUGGAGUAG